UGAAAGAGAAAGGAGGAGCUGAGAGGAGGACGAGGACAACGAAGGUGUCAGCAUCAGGCCCCCCCCACCCACACACACCUUCUCACACACAUACAUUUUCACAGGAGAGGUAAAAGUGAAGGAAAAGACUGAGCAGAAGGGGAAGAAGGGACAGAUUGAGCUUUCAUGUCCUUGCUGUAGCGGACGUAGCGGCUUCCAUCACAGCAGUUUGCGUUUGUGUGCGUGUGUGUGUGUGUGUGUGAUAUGUAUUCCAGAGUGCAGCAUGGUCUCAGCUCAGUUCCGUUAAUGAAGACAGGGACACUGCAGUGACCGUGUGUAUGAGCGAGUGUGUAUGUGGUGUGAGCAUGGGAGUGUGUGUGCAUGGGGAGGUCUGAUAGGUGCAGUGUUGCCGCUGUGUGUGAGACGAAUGUGCAGACGGACACAAUGCGAGGACAGGAGGAUCUGAGAUAAAGAAGAAAUUGAGGUGUGUGUGAGAGUGUGUGUGAGAGUGACUCCAGCAUCCUCAGCAUUAGUGCUGCAGAAGCACCGCUAACUCAUCUACACUGACUCACACACUGGCACCAGGGAAGACGAGGGGGUCGUUGGCAACGGGGACGGUCCUGGGUCAGAGGUGGUGACCCCAGCUUACGUCCGUCGGUACGGCGGCGCACAGCAGCAAGGGCGAGAGCGACGGGCGGAAAGCCACCAUGGGCGAGUGGACGAUAUUGGAGCGAUUGCUGGAGGCUGCGGUGCAGCAGCACUCCACCAUGAUCGGGAGGAUCCUGCUAACAGUGGUGGUGAUCUUCCGCAUCCUGAUCGUGGGUAUAGUGGGUGAAAAGGUGUACGAGGAUGAGCAAAUUAUGUUCAUAUGUAACACGUUGCAGCCCGGCUGCAACCAGGCAUGCUACGACAAGGCCUUUCCCAUCUCGCACAUACGCUACUGGGUGUUCCAGAUCAUCCUGGUGUGCACCCCGAGCCUGUGCUUCAUUACCUACUCGGUGCACCAGUCGGCCAAAUACAAAGACCGCCAGUACACCGUCCUGCAUGGCCCCUAUAUCGACCACGGGCACGGGCCAAGCCGUAAAAUGCGCAGCCUCAACGGCAUCCUUGUCCACGACUCCAAGGACGAAGAAAUUCCAGAGCUUAAGGACAUUCCGAACAUCCCUUCAUGGCCUACUCGGCCCUCAAAGAGUGUCAAGGCACGGCGACAGGAGGGCAUCUCACGCUUCUAUGUAAUCCAGGUGGUGUUCCGUAACGCGUUGGAGAUUGGCUUCCUUGCUGGCCAGUACUUUCUUUAUGGAUUCAAUGUGCCGGCGAUGUUCGAGUGCGACCGCUACCCAUGUGUCAAGGAGGUCGAGUGCUACGUAUCACGGCCCACUGAGAAAACUGUCUUCCUGGUGUUUAUGUUUGCAGUUAGCGGCGUUUGCGUCGUGCUAAACUUGGCCGAGCUCAACCACCUGGGCUGGAGGAAGAUCAAAGCCGCAGUACGGGGCGCUCAGCAGCGCAGGAAGUCGGUGUGCGAGCUCAGGAAGAAGGAUGCCUCGCACUUGUCCUCGCUCCCCAACCUGGGGCGCACACAGAGCAGUGAGUCGGCGUACGUCUGACGGAGAAUAGGGGAGGGGCUUAGAAGGGCAUGGGCAUGGAUGACCAGACGAAAGCAGAAGGCGCGUCCUACGAUUAUAACCUGAUAGCAUGAGAUGACUUGGUAAUCAUUCGCAGGGUCGGACUAUGGGAAGUGGGAUGGGAUUUAAGGGACAUGGACCUAAAUGUUAAAGAGAGAAACUUUUGUGGGACUCAAAAACAUAUACGCAUGCAAGAACGGUAUCCUGAUACUCGGAUGUCUGUCUCCCCAAGACCUGUGGGUGUCUUCCAAACAGAGCCAUGUCGAACAAAAAGAACUGUUUUUGGGAGGCAGAGAUGGAGAGAGACCAAGUUGCUCAGUGAUUAUUCAUUUUCAAGUCUUACGCGACAAGUUUAAGCUUGGUCUGUCUCUUUUUGUGUGAAAUAACAAUUGCAAGAAUUGACAUGUAAAAGUAAAGAAUGAGAAGAUGAUGAUGAUGAUGGUGACGACGAGGUUGAUGAUGAAAACAAGCCCCUCCCCCCUUUUACAGCAGCCGGGCAAUAAGAGGACCACCACCUUAGUCAUCUACCUAAAAGUAACCAUGAAUAAAAAGAAUAACCAGACACUCGUUACUCUGUUCACUUCUCUUAGAGCCCUCGAGCUGCUGCCUAGAAACAAUUCUGUACAUAUUUUGGCAUUAUGGGUUCCUGCAUUAUUUGAACAAUUACUUAAUGCUGCUUUGUAUAACUGGUGGUCCUGUAUGUCCAAGUCAAGCACAGUUUCUGCUCUCACGCAUUUUGCUCAGAAGUUUAACGAUAUAAUAUUUAUCUUGAUGGCCAUCCGCGGCCAUCCAUCUCUUACAGGUUGAAGAGGGAGCUAUAGAGCUAUAAAUGUUACAUAGCUAUUCUAGGUGGUUUAUUUUACAGCCAGGUGAAAUCACAGGAAUUCUAUAUUGUAAUACAGUAUAACAGACAAUGUAUACGCUAUCUGUGGGUGGGGCUAACCAUGGGUAAAACCCCACACGAUCCAUGUCACUCAUCUCUGCCAUUUGAACUUUUGUCAAAACUAUGCAUUCACACUUUCAGGUCUAAGGAAUUGUCCAGCUAGCUUGCUGGUGUGCCUGCUGGUUGGUACAUGAAGGUUGUGUUCAGUUGCUUGAGCAGUGUAGCAAUCGGAGACUCUGUCGAUUUAGGAUUAUAAUAGCUCUCGAUUUGGUGGGUUAGAUGUCACUUUUAGAUGUUAGGUUUUCUUUUUAAAAAGAAAGUUAACAUGUGAACGUAGAGUUUGUCACGUCAACAAUAACAACGUUUAAAAUAAGUAAGAUCACAAAGCAAAUGUUCAGAAAAAAAAUAACUUGUGACCCCUUUCGAUUUCCAUAGUGUGUGAGCAGACUGUCCUUGACCCAAAAUACAGUACCGCAAAUGGGCUGCUGAAUUGCAAGAUUGUUUAAAGAAAAAAAUCAAAGAAAGUAAGAAAAUAUGAACUUUAUUUAUUUAUUUACGUAUUUAUUUGUUGCUCUUUAUUAAAGAAUCUUGUACAUUACAUAAUAAAAGAAGAUUUUUUUUUUUAAACAGACUUUGCAUAACCUUCUGCAGAAAAAAAAAUACCAAGGCAUGUUAAUGAUGCAUUAUUAGAAUGGCUAGACAGUGUCCUGGGCUGUUUCUAUUUUCUAAAAAAAAAAAAAAAAAAAAUGCAAAAGACUUUUUUUUCUUUCUUAUUUGCACCCUGUUUAUGUACUCCAAAGCAUGCUGAGCAGAAAACUAUAGCACCAUGCAGAUAUGGGAUUAUGGAACCUGUGCUGAAUAUGGCUCUGGUAUUGCAGCAAUAAUACAUAUAUUACGAAUAAGUGAUUAUAAGAAAGAAAAUAUCUAUAAUGAGUAUAUAUGUGGAAAAAAAAAAUAAAAGGA